CGUGCCCGCGGUGCGCGCUCCGGCAAGGCUUCUUGUUGUUCCUGCAGAGAGGCAAGAAGAUGGCGGCCGUGUCGAGCGGAGGUGCAGCUGGAUCCGCAGCGGCCGGGAUUACGCACCCUACCCGACCAGCCCCCGCAGGCAUGGGCGCACACAACCGAGCACAGCCUUCACCUGGGAUCAACCACCCGAACCGAACUGUCCCAGCUGCCGGCUGCAUCACCAGCCCAAGCCACCUCCCGGCCAGCAGGCCCCCCCCAGCUCGAGUGGGCUACUACGAAAUUGAACGGACCAUUGGCAAGGGGAACUUCGCUGUUGUAAAACUAGCUACACACAUGAUCACAAAAGCCAAGGUGGCUAUCAAGAUAGUGGACAAGACCCAGCUGGAUGACGAGAACCUGAAGAAGAUCUUCAGGGAGGUGCAGAUCAUGAAGAUGCUGAGGCACCCGCACAUCAUUCGCCUCUACCAGGUGAUGGAAACGGAGAGGAUGAUCUAUCUGGUGACUGAGUAUGCCAGUGGAGGGGAGAUAUUUGAUCACUUGGUGGCGCACGGGCGGAUGGCGGAGAAGGACGCGCGGCGGAAGUUCAAGCAGAUCGUGGCGGCCGUGCACUUCUGCCACUGCCGCAACAUCGUGCACCGCGACCUGAAGGCCGAGAACCUCCUCCUGGACCACAACCUCAACAUCAAGAUCGCAGAUUUUGGCUUCAGUAACCUGUUCUCGCGGGGCCAGCUCCUGAAGACGUGGUGCGGCAGCCCCCCCUACGCCGCCCCCGAGCUCUUUGAGGGGAAGGAGUACGACGGGCCCAAGGUGGACAUCUGGAGUUUGGGAGUGGUGCUCUACGUCCUCGUUUGUGGUGCCCUGCCCUUUGACGGCAGCACCCUGCAGAACCUGAGGGCCCGCGUCCUGAGCGGAAAGUUCCGGAUCCCCUUCUUCAUGUCCACAGAUUGCGAGUACCUGAUCCGGCACAUGCUGGUUCUGGAGCCCAGCAAGCGCCUCUCGAUGGAGCAGAUCUGCAAGAAUAAGUGGAUGCGGCAGGGGGACCCAGACCCCGAGUUUGAGAGGUUGAUAGCGGAGUGUGAGCAGGUGAAGUCUGAGCGGGAGACGGAGCUCAUCAACGACCAGGUGUUGAUCGCCAUGGCGGAAAUGGGGCUGGACCGCGAGCGCACGCUGCAGUCUCUGCAGACAGAUGCCUAUGAUCACUACAGCGCCAUCUACAGCCUGCUGUGUGACCGACUGAAGAGGCACAAGACCUUGCGCAUCGCUCAGCCCUCCCCCCGCCCCAUUGGCUACCCGAUGAACCCAGUGCAGGCGGAUCAGCAGGGUAAUCCGGUUAGCAUGACCGUCCCCCAGGUCCAGCUCAUCAACCCAGAGAACCAGAUUGUGGAGCCCGACGGGACGAUGGCUCUGGACAGCGACGAGGGGGAGGAGCCGUCCCCCGAGGCCAUGGCCCGGUACCUGUCCAUGCGGCGACACACGGUGGGCGUUCCCGACCCCAGGGCGGAGAUGCAGGAGGAGCUUCAGAAGCUGGCCCCUGGGUUCCCCCGCACCGUCCCCCAGCCUCCCUUCCCUUCUCUGGUCCCCAACAUGGGCCCCGUGCACACGCUGGCCCCCCCACAGAACCUGCAGCCCACCCAGCACCUGGAGUACAAGGAGCAGUCCCUGCUGCAGCCUCCCACACUGCAGCUGCUCAACGGCAUGGGGCCCCUGGGCCGGAGGGCCUCGGACGGCGGGGCCAACAUCCAGCUGCACGCCCAGCAGCUGCUGAAGAGGCCCCGCGGACAGUCCCCACUCGUCACCAGCCCUCACCCCAUCCCAGCCGUGGCCCCCGUGGAUGAGGAAGGUUCCGACGGGGAGCCGGACCAGGAGGCGGUGCAGAGGUACCUGGCGAACCGCUUCAAGCGGCACACGAUGCACGUGCCCGCGAGCGCGCCACCCAGCGAGGCCCCGCCCGACCCGCAGCGGCCCCAGGGCCCCCGGCAGAGGGGGUGGGGCCUGGAGCAGCACUGCCGGUCCAGCUAUAAGGACUGCAACACGCUGCACCUGCCCAUGGAGCGCUUCUCCCCGGUGCGCCGCUUCUCGGACGGAGCCGCCACCAUCCAGGCCUUCAAGGCCCACCUGGAGCACAGCUCCCUGAUCCAGCAGCUCAAGCAGGAGUGUGAACAGCUGCAGAAGAUGUACGCUGCACCGCGGGAUGAGCGUUUCCUGGAGCACACACAGCAACAGCACAUCCUCUACCAGCAGGAGCAGCAGAUUCUACACCAGCAGAUACAGGUCUCACACACACACACAGCUCAGACCAUCACAGUACAGGCUCUGUCCCUGGGCCAUGGAGAAACCCAGCCCAGUCACCUGACUCACCAGCUCCAGAGGUUGCGCAUCCAGCCCUCCAGCCCACCCCCCACGCAUCCCAGCAACCACCUGUUCCGACAGCCCAAUCAGAGCCCGCCCCCUGGCGGCUCGGGAAUGAUGCAGGGACAUGGUGGCCAGCCCUCAGUGCCAUACCAGCACAGCGCCGCCCUCUUCCAGACCCCCAGCGGGAGCCCUCCCCCCACGAGCCUCCCCCGCAUGGCGCUUCCCCAGCAGCAGCCCGGUCUCCCCCGCGCCGUUGGUAUGCCCCAGCAGCAGGUGACCAUUCAGGUCCAGGAGGCGGAGCUUGGGGGCGGGGCCCAGCGACAGGGCUACCUGUCCACGCCGUGCGGCCACAGGGUUCUGGGGAAGCAGCUGAGCGCCGACAGCGCGGAGACCCACAGUCGCAGUCUGAGCCGGUUCCAGUGCUCCACAGGCUAUGACCCCAACCAGUUCAGCCCACACCUGUUUGGGGAGGGCGGGCGGGGACCUCCCGGGGGUGGGGUGGUGGGCGGGUACAAUCCCUACCUGCAGAACACCUCCCUGAAAGUGCCGGGUCUGGAGGCCUACCAGGCCGGGGGCGGCUCGGCGGGGGGCGUGGGGUACGGGAGCCCUUCGGCGCUGCAGCAGGCCCUGCUGUCCCCGACCCCCCCGGAGUACCGCCCGUCGCAGCACGUCACCCCCACCCUGCAGGGCCUGCUCUCGCCGCGCCACUCCCUGAGCGGCCACGCCGACCCCCGCAUGCCCCCCCAGGACCUGGCCGCCCUGCUGAAGAGGCAGAGCCCCCGGCCCGCCCCGCCCCCCGGCCCCCCCGCCGGCGUCCCCCCGGACUACAGCGAGCUGCUCCUGCUGCGCCACCUGAGCCAGGGGGAGGCCCUGGAGCCCUCGCCCAGCCCCCAGCACUACCACCACCUGCUGCAGAUCCGCACCGCGGACUGCCCCCCGCUGCAGCUGCCCCACUCGGAGAGCAUGGAGGAGGACGAGCCGCCCGGGUACCAGGAGGGCCUGCUGGCCAAGGCUGUGGCCUGCGUGGAGGGCCACGAGCUGCUGGGGGCCCCCCCAGGGGCCACUCCGCCCUACGGCACGCCCACGCACCGGCACCCUUACCUGCGCAGUGCCACCACAGCUAGAGGUGCGGGCCUUGACUCAUCUGGGAAUGAGCAUGUGGAGUGUAGGCCCCCAGGGCAGACUAUGGAGCUGCCUGAUCACAAUGGUGUGGGCUACGUGACCCGGGGCCCCCAGGGGGAGGGCUACCGGCCUCGCGGGCCCCUGCAGCGGCACCACACCAUCCAGACCGCCGACGACGCCUACGACCAGGCUGAGUCCAUGGCGGGAAUGAGUCUAUUGGCCGGGAAGGCGCUUAGCUCCGCCCGGAUGUCUGACAUCCUCAGCCAAUCAUCUCUGACGGGGAGCCAGCAGCUUCACCAUCGGGAGGAGUCGGUGUGUGAUGUGGAGGGAGAGCUCCACGCUGCCGCUUGCUACCCCUCCUCAUGCACCAGCGACAUGCUGCUGAGCUACAAACCCCCUGACCUGCAGUACAGUAUGGAGCAGGCAGGAGUCUAACACAGGGUUGUCCGUAGUGUAUAAAGGUCCAUUUCGCCACCUGUGUUGAGCAGCAUCUCGCCAAAACACCAUUGUCUGUCUAGAGGGGGCGCUGUGUCGGUCCUGGGAGUCCUCAAGAGAUGGUUAGGGGUGAGGGGGUGGGACUGGGUGGGGGCCACGCCUCCGGCAUUCCGCACACCUACCCAGCAAUCAUUGUCAUUGGUCCUUUCCCGCGGCUCCCCAUCCAAUUGAAUAGCUUGGAUUCUUCAGCUGUCUUCGCGUGUCCCCCCUGUCCAAGUUCCCCUGUCCAGGAAGUGCAAGCUUACCAGUCAUCUCCCCUUCCCCUCAGCGUUGCCACAGCAACACGCUCACGUGCCACAUUUCACAGACACACACACAGUGAACUACCUUCGCGUACGCAUACACACAGACACACAUAGUAUUCACAUAAACCUCGCUUAUUGUGAGGGUGUUCAUGUGGCACUGCCCACCUCGCCACCCUCCCCCUCCCCAUACCCCCCCACUGUAUCAAAGUGGACCAUUCUGGAGUGGGCUGUGUGCCCAGAGCCCUAUGGAGCUUAGGGCAGGAGUAGUCCAUUCCACUGAGCUGGCGGGGUGGGAGGGGGGUAGGGCUCUGCAGUCCGGUGACGCGGAGAUUGCACUGGACAACCAGCUCUCUUCCUUUUUUUGUUUCGUUUUUUUUUGUUUUGUUUUGUUUUGUUUUGUUGUUCUUUUUCUUAAUCUUUUUUAAACUACAUUUUUACUGCUAAAGUUCAUGUAGGAAUUAUGAUCGUUAUUGUUAUGAUUAUUGUUAUUACGGCAUUUCCUUUAAAAAAAAAAAAG